GCAGCGGCCCCUUCCGGGUUUGUGUGAUUAGGCAGGGCAGGGCAUACAGCCGGAGGAGCGUCUCUGUCUCUAUAUUCAUUCAUUGGAAAGACUAACCAGAAGCUUAGGACCAGCAGCAACAAUGCCGUAUGAACUGAAGAGUGUGUUUGCCAGCCUCCCCCAGAUGGAGAGGGGAGUUGCGAAGGUAAUUGGUGGCGAUCCCAAAGGAAACAACUUCCUGUACACCAACGGCAAAUGUGUCAUCAUAAGAAAUGUUGAGAAUCCAGCGAUUGCAGACAUUUAUACCGAGCAUGCUCAUCAAGUUACUGUUGCCAAGUAUGCUCCCAGUGGGUUCUACAUUGCAUCUGGAGAUGUAGCAGGGAAGAUCCGUAUCUGGGACACCACCCAGAAGGAACACAUGCUCAAGUAUGAGUAUACCCCCAUUUCAGGGAAAGUCAAGGACAUUGCAUGGACAGAGGACAGCAAGAGGAUUGCAGUUGUUGGUGAUGGGCGAGAGAAGUUUGGUUCAGUGUUCUUGUGGGAUUCUGGCUCAUCAGUGGGAGAGAUUUCUGGCCAUGCAAAAUUGAUCAACAGUGUGGACAUAAGACAGAAACGCCCCUACCGCCUUGCUACUGCCAGCGAUGACACCUGCGGCUCCUUCUUUGAGGGACCUCCCUUCAAGUUCAAAUUCACACUAAGGGACCACAGCCAGUUUGUCAACUGCAUUCGUUUUUCUCCAGAUGGAAGUCGAUUAGUUACAGCUGGAGCUGAUGGCCAGAUUUUCAUCUAUGAUGGAACAACUGGUGAACGUAUUGGAUCGGUGGGCGGAGAGAAGGCUCACAAAGGAGGAAUAUAUGCUGUGAGCUGGAGCCCUGACAGCUCCCAGCUGAUCUCUGCCUCCGGGGAUAAGACCGUGAAGCUUUGGGAUGUAGGCGCAGGUACGGCUGUCACCACCUUCAAUAUGGGCUCUGAUGUGAGUGACCAGCAGCUGGGCUGCCUGUGGCAGAAGGACCACCUCCUCAGCAUCUCUCUCUCAGGGUACAUCAACUACCUGGAUAAGAACAACCCUGACCGACCCAUACGCACAGUCAAGGGUCACACAAAGUCCAUCCAGUGUCUGACGGUUCAUAAAGCUGAUGGUCGAUCAUACAUCUACUCUGGGAGUCAUGAUGGACAUAUCAAUUACUGGGAUGCAGAAACCGGUGAGAAUGGCUGUUUCUCAGGGAAAGGCCACAGUAACCAGGUGAGCAAGAUGCAGGCGGAUGACUCCAAUGAACUGGUGACAUGCAGCAUGGAUGACACACUGCGCUACACAAACCUCAGCAAGAAAGAGUACAGUGCAUCUGAUGUGGUGAAGAUGGACUCUCAGCCUAAAAGCAUCUCUGCAUCAGGAGGUUUCACUCUGGCUGUAUGCAUCGGUCAGCUUGUCUUACUAAAGGAUAAGAAGAAAGUCUUCACAUUGGACAAUCUUGGCUAUGAAGCAGAGGUUGGGGUCAUCCAUCCUGGUGGCACCACUGCUGCUGUCGGUGGAAAUGAUGGAAAAGUCCACCUUUACUCCAUUCAGAGCAACACUCUGAAGGAUGAGGGUAAAACCCUUGAGGCUAAAGGGUCCAUCACCGACAUGGCUUACUCCAGUGACGGAGCAUAUCUGGCUGUCAUUGAUGACAAGAAGGUUGCUACAGCUUUCUCUGUGGCUGAUGGAUACUCGGUAAAAAACGAGUUCUACGGACAUCAUGCCAAACCAGUGAGUCUGGCCUGGUCCCCUGAUAAUGAGCACUUUGCUACUGGUGGGAUGGACAUGAUGGUGUAUAUCUGGACGAUUGGCGACCCAGACAAGAGGGUGAAACUUCCAGAUUCUCACCGCUUGCACCACGUCAGCAGCCUGGCCUGGAUAGAUGCACACACUCUGGUCACCACCUCCCACGACGCCUCGGUCAAGCAGUGGACAAUUACAUACUGAGCUGCAAGCAGAUGUUCACAUCUCCAGGGACGAGGACUACUGUAGAAAUCAAGCUUUUAUUUUUUUCCCUAUUGUACUGUUAGACAUGAAGACUUUGGUCUAUGCUGUCUGUAACAUCUGAACUGUAAAUCGUUAUGUUAAGGAUGGCUUCCAGAAAACUGUUGGGCGCAAUUUACUUGAGUCUGCACAGAGGAAAUGUUAACUCGUAAAAUGUAACCAUGAGUGCUUUUACUCCUCUUCAAGGACACAAACAUGUUUAAGCAUGGUAAUCAUUCCGUAGUUUACUGAAAUCCUUUUCUGUGGCUGGGAUCUGUGCAUCAUCCCUUUAAAAGGGACCCAAAAAUCCUUUAAAGGGAGCAGAACAUCUUUCAAUAAAUUUAAACCUUUUGGUUACAUUCCUAAAAUGAAUUUGUCCCUGCAGCAGUAUCUCUUCAAUAUUUUAAUUUUGCAGAUUUGAGUGGUUUAUGUUCUUUUGAGUUCUAUAUUUUGAUUCGCCUCUCUUCUGUGGGACUGAGAAGCAAAUGAGAAUGAAAUGAUUUAAGGAUACAAUCAAUGCUGGUCUUUCUGUCGGUUUUGUGUUAAUGUCUUCCUUGUCUCACUUUUUCUUGGUGUCUUUAUGAAUCAACAGCCAAAGUGGAACCGGUUCAUUAAUAAAAAUGUACUUUGUAUUGUU